AUGGAGUCGAAUUUUAUUGACAGUGUUCUCUCUUACUGGCGGGACGUCCUGCAUAUGGCACGUCAAUGGGUGACAGAACUCCUUCCAAACGUACUCAAAGUCUACCUAGCUUUUGGGAUUGUUGUCAUCGCCCUUUUACUAUUGGUCGGAUUCUGUGCAAUUGUUGGUCUAUUGACCUUGUCAGCGUUGGGUUUGAUCGACCCGAACCAAGAGAAGAAAAAAGGGAAGUCUUCGCCCAAAGACCGUCAGAACAACUCCAGUCCUAGUGCUGCAAAAGAGACAAAACCCCGCCUGAAAACUGGUCGUGAUUGUCCUAAGCAGCCCCAGGCUGUCGAGCCGCUCCAAGAAGUAAAGCGCCUUGAGGUUGAGAUCCAGGCUCUCGAGGAGGUGUUACACGCUCGGCGGGAGCAGCUAGCACUUGCGAGAGAACGCUCGUCGCAGGAGAUUCCACAUGCUAAUUUGUAG